UGAAUUCAGAAAGCAAGGAAACUGAGUCUGCGUCCGCCAGUCUACCGAUAUACAUGAACAAAUAUCAGAAGAUGCAGCCGGCUGUUAAGGCGGCAGGGGCGGCAGCACAAAAUACAGUCCCUCAGAAAGGCUCUCUGACCAAAAACUUGAACACCAAACUGCCGCAAGUUCCGUUUGUGGCACACCAAAAAACUAAUCUCGCACAAAAACUCCCCAUGAAGAAGCCGCCUCUAGCCAAGGUUGUUCCGCAGCUUCAACGAAAGGCUGUCCCAUUCCAUGCUAAACCAGUAACCAAUACACCGAAAAGAGCUGCAACAGCGAAUGCCAAAUCUGCAAAGCACCAACCUGAACGGCAAAGUCAUUUAAAGAAUGUCGUACACAAGCAAAAAACACCAGAUCUGUUCAAGCCACCUAUACACGCUGGCGGUGGAGUUGUCGGGAAAGCACAUACAAGCAAGGCACUGCUUAUGCAAAGGUCAGUGCAACCUAUAUUUGAACAGCAUAAUCCACCUCUGCCACAGGAGCUAUCCGCAGUGCCUAACCAACCAGGUUCUCAAGCCAAGAUAAAGAAGGCAAUGGGCCCUAUACAGCAUGAUCCUAACCAUAAGGAAUUAGCUGGGGCACGCAUUUCACCACCGAGCCUGCCGCCCGCUAAUGCAGUCGGGCCAGUCACAAAUGCUGACACUGGGAUAAAGCCACUGCGUAGACUCCCGCCUCCAAAGCGUGUGGGCAGUGCUGAACUGCCAUUCAACGUUCACAGCCAAGCACCGAUAGGUUCGAAACAUAUUUCAAAGCCUUUUGGUCAAGAUGCAGCCAUUUUUAAACCACUUUCUAAGAUACGCCAUCCGAAGCCAAUCCCAAAUACAGUGGGGCCGAAACGAGUUCCUCCGAACUCGCCUACAAAGCUAAUUCCAAAACAACUUUCAGUCAAUGACCAUCGAAACCCGCUUCCGAAGACAGCCGUUCCGAUACCACAUUCAAAGUUGUCCGCUCCAAAACCGGGCUUACAGUCCGCUGAUCCGAAAAGAAUAACAAAGUCAGCUGUUCCGAAACAAGCUCCAAGAGCUGCUGUCCCAAAUCUAGUAGCUCCAAAGCCAACUUUAAAGAGACCUGUUCCAAAACCAAUUCAAAAUGGAGUUAUCCCGACGGCAGUGGUAAAGUCAGCUGUUCCAAAACCGAUUACAAAGGCAGGUGUUCCGAAACCAGUACUGCAAGCAUCAGUUCAAACACCACUUACGAAACCAGCUCAAGAGACAACCGUUCAGAAUCCGAUGCAUAAGACUGGUGUACCAAAGCCAGUCUUAAAGACUGCUCUUCCGAAUCCGAAUACACGGACAGCUUUUGUCAAACCGGUUCAACAGUCAGCUGUUCAAAAACCAAACUCGAAAACAUCUGUUCAGAAGCCAGGUUUAAGGAAAGUGGGUCCACGCCAAUUUUCAAAAAGAACUGUUCGGUUACCUGUGUCAAAAACAGUUGUUCGCCAACCGAUUUCUGUGGCAGGUCACCUGAAAUCUGAUUCAAAGAGCCCUCAUAAAAAACCGCCAAAUGCAGCUCUGCGUAAAGCAGUUUCAAUGACAGGAAUUCCAAGAAAAGCUGAAAAUCCAGUUUUAAAAGAGGAACUUCAAAGAAUACCAAACAGAGACGGAAUGCCUCCAAUUGAUGUGAAGGGAAUGCCUUUGCCAAAGCAGCACAAGACGCUCUCAAUUACUGACCAUGGGCCUCCUGGCCAGGUUAAUCAACAAAUACCAUCAUCUGUGGCUCUAAAAUCUAGAGGAUUAGUUCAUGGUAAAAACAUGAAAAAGAAAAAAAACCUGGCGAAACGAAAGUUGCCCCAGUGGAUUGCAGACAGGGUACAUGCAUCCAAAAAGAAAGCCAACGAACAACCAGAAGGUUUCAAGAGGAAGGCUGUAGAGAAGAAGCAAGUGCUAGGAGACCUGAACAAUGAGCCAGCGAAGAAGCUUUCAAUGAAAGAAGUCCAAAGCAAAGCAAUCGGAUCUAAAACUCCAAAGACAGGAGCCCAGAGCAAUGGACCAACAUUGAAAACACCAAUGUUAGAAGCCCGGAACAAAAUUCGUGGCCAGGUGACGAAACCCCCGAUGCUUGGAGCUCUAGCCAAAGCACUGGCCAAGGUAAAAGCCGAUUCGCAGAAAAUGAACCCGUUACGCGAGAAAUUGGCGAAAGAUGCUGAACGCCAAACACCAAAUUUGGCAACAAAAGUGCACAAGUUAUCAAAGUCUUUUAAGGAGUCUACGAAACCUCAACGUGGUAAUAAUACUGUGGAAUCUACGCCAAAAUGGUUAAAGAAGAUCCAUGGCUUGGCAGCGUCUUUGCGAAACUCGGACAUAGCUCAAGUCCCUGGUAAAGGGGACUAUGGAAAACGUCAACAUCAUAAAAAACACGAACGGAAUUUGAAUGUUUGGGAUUCUCCGCCUUGGGAGCCGGAUGGACAUAAGGCAGAGGAGCUUAAGUCCAAAAAGGAGAAGGGGAAAAAGAAACCAGUACAUGAGAAGAGAGCUAAAAAGGGAAAGGGUGCGAACAUUGAUCAGCUGACUUUAUCAGAGAGAACAAAAACAAGAUUAAAAAAGACUAGUGCAAAUGAGAGUCUUCCUGCUGGUAACGACUUGCUUUUGGAUUCACACAAACCAAACACGGUCCCGGAAAACGGGGCAGUUCACAAACCAAACACGGUUCUGGGAAACGGAUCAGCUCACAAACUAAACACGGUCGUCUCGGGAAACGGAUCAGCUCACAAACCAAAUACGGUCCCGGGAAACGAGUCGCCUCACAAACUAAACACGGUCCCGGGAAACGGAUCAGCUCUCAAACGAAACACAAUUCUGGGAAACGGGUCGGCUUACAAACCGAACAUGGUCCUUGGAAAGGGGCCAGUACACAAACUACUUACGAUCCCGGGAAACGGGGUACCUCCAGGCACGCGCAGUCAGAUGACAAAGGUAAAACAGCCUGUAAAGGGAACCAAAACGUCAACAAAACCAUCACCUUUGAAACAAUCUAUUUCGGAAUUCUCACAGUUGUCUCCUACGAAGUCGAAGCUAGCUUCUGGAGGUUCGAACCUUGGGGUACCUAUCUCCAAGUCUCAAAAGAAGAAUACACGUACCCUCAAGUCGAAAUCACAAUCGUUGAUGCCGGCACCUAAGCCGAGGACUUCACUGGAGCAACUUGUAAAAUACCAAGAACCUUUAUUGACGAAGUUUGGAAAACAAAGCCAGGCUAUGCCACAGAAAAGUGGUAAGAAACAAGCAGUGCCUGUGCCGCCGGCAAGCGGCAAGACAGGACCUAAGACUGGCAAACCAAGGGGUCCACCUCCGUGGUUCCCCACCACCCCAGCCGUGCCUGGACGUAAACCGGGGAAGAAAGGCGCAGUGAAUCUCACUGGCAAUGGAUGACUAGAAGAGGUCCGCUUGCCUCCGAACACGUACCGACCGUACAUAUCCAGUUCAGAAGCCGUCGUAGUGAAACCUAGUUCCUCUGUGCACUUAUGUGGCGGGAUUCUAACUUUCAUGAUAUUAUAUGGGAAAACUAUUUAAUUGGAAUAAAGGGUUAUUGUGAUUAAAAA